AGUGGCCAUCGGCCGGUUAGGGCUUGCGGGGAAGAUGGAGUAUCCCGCGUUGGGCACUGCGGAGGCUGCGGACAGCGGAGGGGCCCGGCUGUACAACAGCUCGGAGGAGCGGGAGGGCCGGGAACCGGACGGGCUGCGCUUCGACCGUGAGAGGGCGCGUCGCCUGUGGGAAGCAGUGUCCGGGGCUCAACCAGUGGGGAGAGAGGAAGUGGAGCACAUGAUCCAGAAGAACCAGUGUCUCUUCACCAAUACCCAGUGUAAGGUUUGCUGCGCCUUGCUCAUUUCUGAGUCCCAGAAGCUGGCACACUACCAGAGCAAAAAACAUGCCAACAAAGUGAAGAGAUACCUAGCAAUCCAUGGAAUGGAGACAUUAAAGGGGGAAACGAAGAAGCUAGACUCAGAUCAGAAGAUCAGCAGAAGCAAAGACAAGAACCAGUGCUGCCCCAUCUGUAACAUGACCUUUUCCUCCCCUGUCGUGGCCCAGUCGCACUACCUGGGGAAGACCCACGCAAAGAACUUAAAGCUGAAGCAGCAAUCCACUAAGGUGGAAGCUCUGUCGAAACGCCUCACAAACCCUUUCCUUGUGGCCUCCACCUUAGCCUUGCACCAGAAUAGAGAGAUGAUAGACCCAGACAAGUUCUGCAGCCUCUGCCACGCAACUUUCAACGACCCUGUCAUGGCUCAGCAACAUUAUGUGGGCAAGAAACACAGGAAACAGGAGACCAAGCUCAAACUCAUGGCACACUAUGGGCGGCUGGCAGACCCUGCUGUCACUGAUUCAUCAGCCGGGAAGGGCUACCCCUGCAAGACGUGUAAGAUAGUGCUGAACUCCAUAGAACAGUACCAAGCUCAUGUCAGCGGCUUCAAACACAAGAACCAGUCACCAAAAACAAUGGCAUCACCCCUGAGCCAGAUUCCAGUGCAAAGGCAACCCAUUCAGAAAGACUCAGCCACAUUGGAAGACUAGAGGUGUUUCUGUCCAGCACUCCAGGUUGAGCCAGCCAUGAGCCACUUUCCUGUGACCGUGGUCAGCCCUUGGCUCCCUCUUCCUCCUUUCUUACAUCUGGAGAAUACAGAGGCCUGGGGCAGGAAUGGGCCACAGACAGCCUCUGAUUGGUCCAGGCAAAUCCACCCCUGCUCCUCCCCUUUAGAAUGGGCCCUGCAGGUCAGGACAAGGGAAGCACAGAUCUUGAGAGGACUUGGGAUCUCAAGUGGUAGUUUGGAGGAUGGCCUUUCCCCUUCCCUAGCCCCUGUGGGCCAUAUGUCAUGAGGCCCCAGGCCUGUCUUUUCCUCUGCAGGUCAGUUUUGGACCAGUCCCUGCAGCUAAAGAACCGAGCUCUCCCUAGGCUCUAGGCAUCUCCAGUGAAACCUGGAACUUUCAUGCCAGACCUUAGCCUAGGCAAGAAAGGGCAGAUGGAAGUGGCCACUGCAGGGAAGCUAAUGUGACACCUCCCAGAAAGUGUGGGCUUUUCUGACCCUGGAACCAGAUGCUGGCCAGUUGUAUAGAUUUCUGUUCACUGUGAAGUCUCCUUCUGGAGCAAUGACACAGUCCUGGCAGAGCAUUGCUGUCCCUCCUGCCCCUUUUCCACUGUUUCUGAAUGGUGCUAAGGAUCUGCAGCAGCUGAGGCCAAGCAAGAGCUGGAGGAGGCCUCAGUACCUAGUGGGAUCCUGCUCCAAUGGGUGUCUCUCCCCACCUCCAUCAGAGGUGUUCUGACCCAGGGUCAUGUGGGAAAGUCCCCACGUACAGGUUUCCUUGAUGAUUCUGUGCCCUUAAAGGCAAACUGCCUUGUGCCAGCCAGCUCAGAGAUUCAUUGCUGCCCUUCGGCCCUACUAGCCGUCUCCUUCCCCUUGUGCAGCAGACUACCUGCCCAGGUUGCUGUGGUGCUAGCCCUCCCCAUCAUCCACCAGGAGAUUCCUGGGUACCAGGGAGCGGAAUGAGGCCCCCAGGGAAAGAAAGGAGAGCUGGUACAGUGAGGAAACAGAUAUUCCCCAGGCCCCAAACCUAGCUUUCUCCAACUCUGCUGUGUUUUAUGGCCUGGGAGUUCACUGGGAGUGGAUUUUUCCUUGUAACUUUCAAACAGGAAUUCCGGGGAGUGGCACCAUCAGAGGUACCUCUUCACUGGGUCAGAGAAGCCACUAGCUGCUCUCAUGGCCUUCUCCCCCCUCCCUAUCCUUUCGCCUGUGAAAUGCCUUUACGUAUCGUGUGUGGUUGUGUGGGUGUGUGCUUUUGCUCUCUCUCAGUCACUGAAGCAUUUAAAUAAAGAAUUUCUCUCAUGAGCCAAACUGCAACUUAACAGACCUGGGAUUUGGGGCCAUAUUGCUAUUGGAUCUAGUAUGUGUGUCUUGACCCCUCACCCUACUCAGACUCCCAGGGCCCUAAAUACUGAUCUUAGGACUUAGGACAGAGACAGACAUCCAAACUGCUUGGCAACCCUGUGGAAGUCUUCCCAGGUGCCCUAAAGUCAAUACUACUUCAUCUGCUUAUCCACCUCCCCCUGUCACAGAGGGCCUCAUGGAGGCCUUUAGAAGGUUUAAGUUGGGAAUCAACUUUGUUUGAGUGGAUCAUUCUGGCUGCUAUGUGGAGAAGGAAUGUAGGAGAUCAGGAAAAGAAACAGAGAGGGAAGCCAAAAUGGAGACUGUAUCCAACAUGGCUCUCCCCAGGUCAACUCCUUCGGGGCAGAGACCUAGCCUCAUUCGUUUCUACUUUCCUAAUGUCCAAAGUGGUAUGUCAUGAAGUGUGUGUUGAAUGACUGAAUAUGGGUGCAUAGGAAGA